AAUGCUUGCCGUCGCUACACCACACUCGCGUUAACUUAAUCGUGCUAUACACAUCGUGAUUUCGUAGAGACGCUUAUGCCGAUGGAAAUUAUUUUUCUGACAAAAAACGAAAUAAGUUAACAAACAGCUCGUACAUACAUACAUAUUUGCUUGUGCAAACAUAAACAAACGGCAAAGCCAAGAAGCAGUGUGUAAACGGAGCCCGCGCGUGCCAUGAAACACCAAGAUACAUACAUAUAUAUAUACUUAUAUAUAUAAUUUAUAAUUAUAAAAAGAAAAAUAAUUAAUUUUUGUGUACGUGUUUUACGGCGAAAAUUUAUGGUAUUUUCAACAAGCAGUGCUUCGAUAAAUAUUAAUCUCAGGCAAGCAGCAAUAAAUAAAAAAAAAAAUUAAAUAUAAAGAAAAAUCAUUAAAACACCAACUACAGUUAUUUAAAGUAUAAGCUCCCUUUGUUUUUGACUAAGCGAAAGGUGUGUGAGUUUUUGCAAUUCUUCUUACAGCAGAGCCAUAUUGCAGCACAGAAAAUAACUACGAAAAGUAGAGCAAAACAAGUUUUGGUAAACAAAGUUGAAGCAAAUUUUUUGCAUACGGAAAGCCAAAAAAGAGUCAAGUACAAAGGCAAAGUCAAAGUUGUGUUGUGUUGAAACUUUAUUGUAGUGCAGUGAAAAAAAACAAAAAGGAAAAUAAUAAUAAUAAAUAAAAAUAAUAAUACAGGAAUCAGUCUGAUUGCGUGACGGAAGUACAUACAUACAUACAUUCCAAAGAAAAAUAACAAUAACAGUUAGCGCGAAAAACAUAACAACAGUGCAAAAAAAAAAAAUUAAAAAAAAACCAAACUGUUGCCGUUGAACGUUGCAUGCAGCUGAGCAUAUAAAUAAAUACAUACAUAUACAUACAUACAAAUUUACAACUUCCGCUUUUCACAAUCCUACCGACGUCAUCAACUUGACCAACAGUCAUAAAAUACGCAAUCUACAAAGCUGCUGCUUAGUAACUAUGGCGCCCACAAUCUGUCAGGACAAGAAACCACGUCAAAUACGUGCUAAUCUCAAGGAAAUACGCCGACAGCCGAAUACAGCAAAUGCACUAUUGUCAGCAUUAACGACGACAGCGGGCAGUGGGCAGACAACGAGAGCGCAUAGCAGUGGCAAUGGCAGUGACAAUGCAACGAUAACAGCCGGCGUUAUUAACUAUGUAUCUACCGCACCAAAUACAGCAGCAUUACGGCUACGUGACACACUCAAUACAGACGCUGUCGAAAUACCUCAAUCGGAUUCCAUGCGUGUUGAUCGACUAGACUUGGAGGACGGACAACAUAUAAUAUCGGAGAAUUUGGUCUCCUCAUCUAACAUGGGACCGGAAUUGGUGCGUGCUUUAAUAGCCGAUCAAAUGGAAAUGGAGAUGGACAUGGAGCAUAGCGACAUAUUCGAUGAAGAAGACUGCGAAGUACAUUCCAUAAAUAGCGGUGCGCGCUACUGCCAUAACCACAUUAAUAAUAUUAACAAAAACAACAGCAACCACCUGUUGCAAUGCAAUGUAAAAACAAUGUUUCCAUUAAGCGAUAAAAAGAUUAAUAAAAGUAAUGAGAAAUUGAAUUAUAAUCAACAAAAAAGAACACAACAUUACAUCAGCGCUGAAGAGGAUACCGAUAAUGAAUCCAAUACAUAUACGAGUAUGUGUGAGUUGAAGAAAACCGAAGGACUACUAUCGAUUGCGUUGAAGACAAUAAAACUUGUGAAACGCAAUCAAAUGUUGCAACGACGUUUGGCGCAAUUGCAGUUCGAAACGUCAGAGUUCAUAGAAUCGGUUAUGGCAAAUCCAGAAAACCGACACUUUCGCAAUAAAAUUUCCUCACCAGCAUUAUCUCCCUCAGCGCCGACAACACCAGUAUCCCCAGCAUCACCGUCAUCGUCUUCAUUAGCAUCGCCUUCGGCGGCACAAAUAUCUUCAUCAUCACCACUGCAAUCAUCUACCACAACAACAAGAGCAUAAGCUAUCAAGUGAAAAGGCGAAGAAGAUUUAUGCGGCAAGAUGUUGUUUACUUACUGCCACACUAAUACUGUUGUAUAAUAUUGAGUGACACGUUGCCCGUCUCUGAAGUUGCGAAGCACAAUUCAACUAUCAUUGAUUAACAUUUACAUAUGUACAUAUAAAUUUAGACGAACACAUAUACCCACGCAUGCAUCAAUUGAGUGUUUCUCUGGUAAUUGAGCGCAUACAUAUACAUAUAUUUAUAUAUUUCUUACAGUGAAAUAGUCACUUGAGUUGUUUGCAUUGCAUACUUGCAGGCGUACCUCAAAUUCAUUCUAAAAUUGUGAUAAACAGCAAAUGAAUAUAACAGUAAUGUAAUACACCACAGCGUAAUCGCUAUUUAUUAAUCAAUUUAAUUCAUGUACGUUAUACAUAAGAAUAAUUAUUUAAUGAUUAUAACUAAUAAACGUAGAUAUAUAUAGAAAUAUUAAUAAACAAAAUUCAUAGAACUGAUAGCAAACAAAUAUGCUUACACACAAACAUACAUAAGUAAACCUACGAAGCAGUAGCAAUGAAAAAAUAUAUGUAUUACUAAAAAUAAACACAGCGACAUUCUUUAGCAGUAAAAUAUCUAGUCACAACUGGUAUUCUGUCACAGUUUCAAAAAUGUAUACAAAGGCGCCAAGGUAUAAGAGAGAAAAAACUCUAAAAGCAAAAUCAUCAUUGUAACUCGAGAAGUUAUUCUAAAUAACCCCCUGAAAGCUAAUCAGGAAAAUAUUGAAAUUAUAUAAACUAAAAUCAAUUCAAAUUAAAUAAAAUAAAAUACAAUCAAGUUAAGCAAAAU